AUGGCCAUCAAGAAAGUCGCCAUUGCCGGGGCAACGGGAAAUCUUGGUCCCAGAGUCCUCACUACUCUCCUGGAUGCUGGCUUCGAGGUGACUGCACUGAGCCGCUCUUCGCCACACCAAAUUGACGCCCGCGCGAAAGUACAAGUCGUUGACUACGCCUCGCGAGACAGCCUGGUAGCCGCGCUCUCCGGACAGGACGCCGUAGUGAGUACACUCAACGCCUGGGCUGUUCCUCGUGACAUCCAUCUGCUGCUGGUCGAUGCCGCGCACGCCGCCGGGGUGAAGCGAUUCCUUCCGUCUGAGUAUGGCAGCGACACUUCUCAUCCACUCGUGGCCAAAUUGCCCGUAUUCGGCGACAAGAUCGCCGUUGUCGAUCGCCUGAAGGAAAUUGCUGCCAAGGACAGCGCUUUCACUUGGACCUCUGUCGUCAACGGUCCGUUCUUCGACUGGGGUCUGCAGAAUGGGCUCCUUGUAUCCCUGAAGGGGUCCUCGAGCCAGAUUUUCAACGGUGGAGAUGUUCGGUUUAGCACCACGACAGUGGCAGGGAUUGCGCGCGCUGUUGCGGGUGUGUUGCAGCAUCCCGAUGAAACUAAGAAUCGCUACGUAUAUGUUGCAGAGGCGGAGGUCACCCAGCAUGAGCUUCUGCGGUGGUCGGGGAGAGCCAAUCAAAUCAAGGAAGAGCACAUAUCCCUCGAGGAACUGGAGCAGGGUGCCUAUGCGGGGGUGAAUGCAACGCCUCCUGACCUCAGGGCGUUUGCCGUUGGCUUGAUUCGACGAGCGAUAUUUGACUCGGCUAUGAUUGAGAACCUGGUUAAGCAGAAUGUUUAG